AUGGGUGGCCUGUGGAGUUCCGGAAGCCCUCGGCAGCCGGGCAUCUAUGUGGACACCGUCGAAGCUGAUGCCGGCUGGAUGGCCUUCGAAAUCACAGUUGCAGGCUUGGCCGGAGACAUUUGUUUACACUGGGGCGUCGGAAAGCACAGCGUGGAGGAGUGGAUCGUGCCGGUCGAUUCUCAGGCCCGCACAGUCCCAGCCGCCAAACGCGUCCCGGGGGCCCUGCAGACGGCCUUCCCACAUCCUCGUCGGAACGAGCGCAAAGUCCGCUUGGAAAUCAACAACGAUGCAGGAUUGAAAGGCUGCCAGUUCGUGCUGCACAAGAAGCCGCAUGAGUGGCUUAAAGAUGGAUCACGAAACUUUAUCUUGGAUUUUUCCAAAGUGGCUGACAGCAGCAGCUUUCGAGAGCUCGUUGCAACGGCUGCCCAAGAGAACCCAUCCGCCAAAGUGUCAUGUUACAGCUCGAGUGGCAUCGAGGUGGCAAUUCUUGCAGUUCUACAAGACGGCGGUUGUGAUGUACAGGCAAUUGUCCGUUCCGGACGCGAUUUGGUGCUCCAGUACGGCCUUGCUGGUGAGGACCGUCGAUGGACAUCGUCUACCAGACUCAGGUUGCAAAAGAUGCAAGGAGACAUCGGCAUGGGGCAGAUGCGACUUGAGAAAGACCUGAACAAGUACUUGAUGUUCGUUCUGCACGACCCCAAGGUCGACCAGUGGCUGAAAGAUGCUGGCCGAGACUUUGCCUUCAAGCUCCCCGGGAACUUCGGAAGAGGCAAGCCUGCAAAGCCUCAAGGCUUCAGCGGAUUCAGUCCAGUGCGGCUCCAAAGACGAGCCUCCAAGCUUUUCAGUACCUUCGUGGAGGAGGUCCAGAGAGCAGAGCCGGAUGCGAAAACGAGCUCCUGGACGGUUCCUGGCAAUUAUGGCCUCGAGGUGGUCGUCUUGGGAACUGCAGCAGAGACUGCGUGUAACGUACAUAUGCUGGUGCAUGCCAAGGUGGCCCUGGUCGUGCAGUACGGCUUAGCUGGAGAAGAUCGGGCCUGGAAAUUCUCCAAGAGAUUGCCGCUGGUACGUGCUGGCACGGAUAAAUGGGAGGCCUCUUUUGAAAUCUCUGCUUGCAGUAUGGAGAAGUUCCUGAUGUUCGUCUUUCAUGACGGUGCCGGCAACCGAUGGAUCAAGCACGGGCCUCAUGACUUCGAGUUCGAAAUGCCCUUUCACGAGGACUGGGCCAUCGAAGAGGCAUUGGAGGCAGAAGAGACGCCUAUCCAACUCUUCAGCCACUUGAACUCCAGGGAGAUCCGCUCGGGUCUCCGCGCGGGCAACGAGAGUGCCAAGAAGCGCUUGAAGGGCAUCGACGAGAGCGGUGUCGUUGACAAGAAGAUCAUCGAGGACGGAAGGAAGGACCGGUCUUUGAUGGCUCGUAGCCAGUUUUUGCAACAGAGGCCGUCGCGGCAGUCCCGAGCAGACAUCUCCUUCUCUGCCUUCGAACUUCAAGGCGACGCUGGCUCUCUGGACGUUUCCUGUAUGUCCCUGGGCGAUUCCCACGCGAAAAUUGAGGUCAGAGCCUGGCUUCAUCCACGCUUGGGUGAUUGUGUGAUGCAUUUUGGCGUUUUCGAGACCCCGCAGUCUAGAGGAUGGACAUCGGCCACUGAGAUCCACUCCGUCGAGUGGCCCUCGGACAUGCGCAAGGUUGACAGCCAGGCAUGCCAAAUCCCUUUAUGCAGGAUGGAAGAUGGAAUCCAUGCUUUGGACCUUUCCUUGAUCGCUCAUGUGGAAUGUGACGGCAGCGAGACGCUUCGUGUUCCCGACAUUGGGGGUUUGGGCUUCGUGCUGAAGCCGGUGACCAAGGAUGUUUGGGUGAAACCGAACGACGGAGGUGAUGCGGAAGUCCGCUUCUUGCGACAGAAGCCAUGGAGGCAAUUUGGACCAGCUGAGAACAUGGGUUCGGGUGGGGGGCCCUGGGCUUUUGUGGCUGAGAAGAUCCUUUCGCAGGAGAUGGGGAACCAUAUGUCUUUGAAGCGGAGAUACGAGAAUUGUCUUGAAUUUUUAGAAGACUUCGAGAAAUGCUCGGGCUCUCAGAUGCGGAGGCUACAGUCUUGGAGGACUUUGAUCCAGAUCGACUCCAGCAAGGCCGUGUGGUCCCGAACGCCCUCGAUGCCGCUCAUCGACGGAUCCUAUGAUGAAGAGGAGUUUUGGAGCUGGAUCUUCGUUUGGCAGCGCCUGUCCUUCCAACAGUUCCUAACAUGGGAGCGAAACAUCAACACACAGCCUCGGCAGCUUGCAGCAGCGAUCAACCAGCUCACACAACGCUUGGCAGAGCUUUGGAAGUCCACCCCAAGCUGCCGAAUCUGGAUUCGCUGGACGCUCUCGACUAUGGGCCGCGGGGGAUCGGCCGGGCAAAAGAUUCGCGACGAGAUCCUUGUCAUCAUGCAUGCUCACCACAUCAAGGAGAUCCACGGAACUUAUUACGAGCAGUGGCACCAGAAACUUCACAACAACACCACCCCGGCUGACAUCGGCAUUUGCCGGGCAAUCAUCGCCUACCUGAAGAGUGGCGGCGACAUUGGCGUCUACUGGAAAGUCUUGGCCGAGCACAGCAUCACCAAGGAACAGCUGGGAUCCUACAGCCGUCCAAUCACCACCGAGCCCUACAUGGUUGAAACGGACAUUGGCCGACUGAUCAGAGACUUCGAGAGGUACCUUGACAUCCUGAGGAGUGUGCACGACGCACUGGACUUGAAGCUGGCGGUGGACCAUGCCAAUGACUGCUUGCCCGGUGAGCUACAAGGCCGGUUGUAUGACGUCUGUAAUAUGGGCGGCACAGGUUUCAGCAGCCUGGACCAGGGUCACGGCAAGUUCAUGCGGGUUGCAGCAGCCAGGGACGCUGCCCUGGCUGUCCUGAACGACACGGGCACGGACGCCAACGUCGUCAAGAAGCUGCUGGUCAUUGACUACAUCUUGGAGACUCAGCAGAGUGUUUUGGUGCAGGGCAUGGCUGAGACGAGGUUGCCGCCGCUCGUGGAACAGAUGAGAAGUUUGUUGAUUGGUUUGAUUGGAAACGUGCCCUUAGAGCCGGAGCUCUCAGCUCUCUUGGCGGACUGGAACUCCUUUGCCUCGCAGUGCGCGUCACGGCACAACGAGGAUUCCGCACUGCUUCUGAAGGCUUUGGCAGAUCGAAUCAGCCGGGUCGUUGGAGAUCUUUGUGACAAAUAUCAGAGGAUGAUGGGUCCGAAAGCUGCAUUUCUUGGAGAGGCUGUUGGAAUGCCGAGGCGGAACAUUGACGUCUUCGUUGAUGAGGUCUUGCGUGGCACAUCACUCAUGGCCAUCAGCUUGCUCCUGCAACGGCUGGAGCCGGUUCUGCGAAACAUCGCGCAACUGCCACCCUGGCAAAUUGUUUCUCCAGUGGAAGAGCCCAUUCAAGGAGUGUUCAAGCUCAUCGAUAAGAUGACGGGCGUGCAAGGAGAGAUCUUUCAAACACCUACAAUCCUGCUCAGCGGGGCCGUCAGCGGCGAGGAGGAAGUUCCUGAUGGAGUUCUGGGCGUUCUGGUACGAAGUGCCCAGGAAGCACCCGACAUUCUCUCACAUUGUGCCGUGAGGGCUCGGAACUUCAAAGUACUCAUCGCCACCUGCUUCGACCAAAGCAUCUCGGAGCAGCUCGCACAGGACUUUGCCGAGAAGUGGGUGGAAGUGAGGUGCAGGCCGGAUGGCCACCUGACCGUGACCGAAGUUGAGCGGCCGUCUGCGCAGCCGAACGAGCAAGCCGUAAAGGAAGAGAGAGAGCGUCCCAUGGUGAGAAAGGUGAAGACCGUGAAAAUGAAUUUGAGGAACGACCUUGGCUGCUCUUGGUGUGUUCGCCCCGAAGAGAUGACUAAGGCGAAUGUCGGGUCCAAGAGUCUGAACUUGGCUCUCCUUAAACCAAAGCUGCCCGCUGAUUCCGGGAUUUUCACACCGCAGGCAAUGGCUUUGCCUUUUGGGACGAUGCAGAAGUGCUUGACAGCGGAGUGCAACAAGGAUGUCUUGCCAGUGCUGGAGAAGGUCUUAGGCCGCUUGCAGCCAGAUUCCUCGAACGAGGAGGCACAGGUGAUCUUCGAAGAGGCACAGCAAUUGGUGGAGUCCAUGCACUUCCCUGAGCCGUUGAAGAAGGCUCUCGUUGAAACCAUGGAGGGUGUGGGCAGUCGAGACGGCGAGGAUCGAUUGUUGCAGCUCUUCCGGGAGCAAGAUGCCUGGCAAGCCAUCAAAGGUGUCUGGUCCUCGAUGUUCGCGCUUCGACCCUGGGUGUCUCUGGCCAAAGCCGGGCGCAGCUUUCACGACUUGAACAUGGCGGUUUUAGUGCAGGAGCUGGUCGAGGCCAAGUAUGCUUUCGUGCUCCACACUGUGAAUCCCUUCACCAAGGACAAGGAUGAGCUGUACGGAGAGAUCGUCGCCGGUAGAGGCGAAACCUUGGUUGGCAACUUCUCUGGCAGAGCUUUGAGUUUCGCAGUGCGACGCGGGGGCGAGCCGAGGGUACUGUCAUAUCCUUCCAAGAGUGUGGCUUUGCACACGCAGCCGUGUUUGAUUUUCAGAUCUGAUAGCAACGCUGAGGAUUUGGAGGGAUUUGCCGGGGCGGGGCUCUUCGAAUCGGUGUGUGCAGAGGAAGACAAAGGAGGUUUCCAACGUCUUCAUCGCCUUGACAUUGUGGAAGAUGCCACGUACCGGACAAACUUGUUGAAGCGUAUUGCCGAGAUAGGUUGGGUUACUGAGGAGGCUUUCGAUUCGAUACCACAAGACAUCGAAGGCUGCGUGGAUGUCAGAGAUCGCAUAUUUCUUGUGCAGAGCCGGCCACAAGUCUAG